AUGAAAUCUACCAUCGUCUUCGAACUCGCGGCCCUCGCGGCUGUUGCUCUAUGCAACCCCUCGGGAAAGGACUUCACGCAACUGGAAUUACCCGGCUGGGACGCAGGAGACAGACUGUUCCCGGCGAACGUUAUCGAAGGAUAUCACGAUGAUUACAACAAUCAAACGGCUAAGUCGUGGUCGCACCACGUCUUGGAACGCUGCCGUACUUUCGAAGACGGCACGUCCACAAUCUCAUAUUCCGCGAUCAACUCCGGUACACCGAAAGAUCGAUACUGGUUUGGCUUUUGUUUCCGAGGCGGCAGGACCACCGCGACGGAUUACGUACUCGUCGACGGCGUUCAAGAUUCGAUUGUCUACACUAUCUAG